AUGCCAAAGAUAGCGAAUAGCAAGUUAAUAUCAUCAUCUUACAGGUACUUGACACAAAACUAUCAGCAUAUUCUGGCUUUGGAAUUUGCUUUGAAGGAAAUCUGUGAAAACUCUCACCUCCUACCCAACAUCACCUUGGGCUUCCAUAUUUACAACAGCAAUUUCAUUGGAAGUUGGACCUAUCGUGGUGCACUGGAGCUUCUUUCAACAAAGAACAAAUUCAUCCCCAACUACAAGUGCGAUGGCCAGAACAAUGAAGUAGCUGUCAUUGGAGGACCCUAUACAAAAAUCUCUCUGGAUAUGGCAAAUAUCCUAUGCAAUUACAAGAUUCAACAGCUUAUCUAUGGUUCUUCACCUACAAUUAAUCAUGGAGAUGAUUUCCACUGGAUGUUCCCUAAUAAUAAGCUUCAGUACAGGGGUAUUCUCCAAUUAUUGCUACAUUUUGGGUGGACAUGGAUUGGGAUGAUUUCUCUGAACUAUGAUGAUGGAGAUUGUUUUAUAGCAACUGUGAUUUCAAUGUUUGCUCAGAGAGGAAUCUGCUUUGACUUCAUUGAAAGUUUCCCCAAGAACACAUACACUAAUCAGUUCACUGAAAUGUUAGAGGAUGGAAAUGAACUAUAUGACACUGUCAUGGCAAGCAUGGCAUCUGCUGUAGUUGUACAAGGUGAAUUUAUGCUGAGUAUGAGAUUGUUAUUCUCUUAUCAAGGUCCAUCAGAAAAUGAGAAAAUCUGGAUUAUGAUAGCCCAGAUGGAUUUCACUUCCACUUCUAUUCAAAGGAACUGGCCUUUACACUUCAUUCAUGGUGCUAUAUCUAUUGUGGUUCACUCAAGUAACUUGGUAGGAUUUCAGGAUUUUGUUAGGGAAAGAAAUCUAGCCAACAAUCAAGAAGAUGGCUUUCUCAAGGAUUUUUGGGAAGAUGCUUUUGAAUGUGUGUUCCCAAACUCCACUGGAGAGAAGAAUUUUGAUGGUAUAUGCACUGGGGAGGAGAAGAUAGAGACCCUACCUUCAUCUAUUUUUGACAUGCAUAUGAAUAGCCACAGUUACACUGUCUACAAUACCAUGACUGUCUCGUUUAACAAUAAUGCUGGGGAGCCUGUUUCCUUUGAUGAAACUGGGCAAUUGGUGUCAGGAUUUGAUCUAAUCAACUGGAUCACUUUGCCAAACCAGUCUCUCCUUAGAGUCAAAGUUGGAAGCUUAGAUGUACAUACUUCUGAAGAAAUGAAAUUCACCAUUCAGGAGAAGGCCAUUGUUUGGCCCACCAGUUUUAACCAGGUUCAGCCCCUUUCUGUGUGCAAUGAUCAUUGCCUUUCAGGUCAUAGAAAAACUAUGAAAGAAGGGAAGCUGUUCUGUUGCUAUGACUGCCUUCCAUGUGCGGAAGGAAAGAUUUCAGCACAAGAGGAUGCAGACGACUGUGUCCCAUGUCCAGGAGAUCAAUAUGCAAAUUUCCAUCAAAAUGCAUGCAUUUUCAAAGAGAUCACUUUCUUGCAUUACCAAGAACCUUUAGGAAUUACAUCUUUGGUGUUUGCAUUCUCCUUCGCUUUCUUGACGGUAUUUGUGUUAGUUAUCUUCAUUAAGCACAAUGACACACCGAUUGUCAAAGCCAACAACCAGAGCCUCUCCUACCUUCUUCUCACUUCUCUUCUCUUCUCCUUCCUUUCUGCUUUCCUUUUCAUUGGUCGGCCUACCAUACUGACAUGUCUCCUUCAACAAGUUGCUUUUACUUUCAUAUUUUCAGUAGCAAUUUCUUGUGUGCUGGCCAAAACUAUCAUUGUUGUUCUUGCUUUCAUGGCCACCAAGCCAGGAUCUGGAAUAAGGAAAUGGGUAGGGAACAGAUUGGCUACUUCUAUUGUGUUUUCCUGCUCCUUUCUUCAAGCAUCUCUUUGUGCAAUUUGGCUGGCAACCUCUGCCCCAUUUCCACAUUUUGACAUGUAUUCCCUGCAUGAAGAAAUUAUACUGGAAUGUAAUGAAGGGUCUACCUAUAUGUUUUACUGUGUCCUGGGCUUCAUGAACAUUCUUGCCCUAGUCAGUUUCAUGGUCGCCUAUCUAGCUAGGAACUUGCCUGACACCUUUAAUGAAGCCAAGUUUAUCACCUUCAGUAUGCUGAUCUUCUGCAGUGUGUGGUUGUCUUUUUUCCCAGCCUAUCUGAGCACCAAGGGCAAACACAUGGUAGCUGUGGAAAUCUUCUCCAUCUUUGGCUCCAGUGCAGGUUUAUUGGCUUGCAUUUUUUUACCCAAAUGUUACAUUAUUAUAUUAAGGCCUGAACUAAAUAAAAGAGAACAGCUAGUGAGAAGGAAAUAA